AUAUUGCUGCAGUAAAUCAAACAUUGUACAGUUUCAGAACUGAAUGGCUCAGAAGCGUUAAAAGGAAAUGAGACUCUCUCUCUCUCUCUCUCACUUCUUCUAAUCUCUUCUCACAUGUCUUAGAGAGAGAAAGAGUGGUCAUCCAAAGCCAAAGCCAAAAAAAAACAAGAACCCAGAAACCUAGAAGACAGAAACAAAAAAAAUUAAGCUUUACUGAGCCACCAAGCAACCAAUUACAUAAACUCAAAAAACCCAUAACCCAAAAAUCUAAAAAGUCCCACAAAGAUUCGAUCUUUCAAUAUCUGUACAAUGAGAAAGCCAUUGGUUUGAUAUUUCCAACAAUCUUUCUUCCAAGAAACCCCAAAGUUAACAAAGAAAGAAAGAAAGAAAGAAAGAGACCACAAACAAAGCAAAAGAGUCCACACACAACAAAUGGGUCUUUCAAUCUCUUUCAUCAGCAUCAUCUUGAUGAUGUGUCUACUGUAUCCAGAUCUCAGUGUCGUCGUAGUAGAGUCUGCAACAACGGAAUACACAACCUUAAUCUACAAAGGAUGUGCAAAACAGCAAUUCUCAGAUCCAACUGGUUUAUACUCACAAGCACUCUCAGCUAUGUUCGGGUCACUGGUAUCUCAGUCAACUAAAACAAGAUUCUACAAGACCACAACAGGAACAAGCACAACCACAAUCACUGGUCUGUUCCAGUGUAGAGGAGAUUUAAGCAACCAUGACUGUUACAACUGUGUGAGUCGUCUUCCUGUUCUCUCCGAUAAGCUCUGUGGCAAAACCAUUGCCUCAAGAGUUCAGCUCUCCGGCUGUUAUCUUCUCUAUGAAGUCGCUGGCUUUUCUCAAAUUUCAGGGAUGGAGAUGCUGUUCAAGACUUGUGGGAAGAGCAACAUCGCCGGAACAGGGUUCGAAGAGAGAAGAGACACGGCGUUCGGGGUGAUGCAAAACGGCGUGGUGUCAGGGCACGGGUUCUACGCAACCACUUACGAAUCCGUCUACGUUUUAGGACAAUGCGAAGGAGAUGUCGGAGACACUGAUUGCAGCGGCUGCGUUAAGAACGCACUCGAGAAAGCUCAGGUCGAAUGUGGAAGCGCGAUCUCCGGUCAGAUUUAUCUACAUAAGUGCUUCGUCGCGUAUAGCUAUUACCCAAAUGGCGUUCCCAGAAGAUCUUCUUCUUCUUCUUCGUCAUCAUCUUCUUCUUCUUCUUCCUCCAGCUCUGGUUCUUCAGAUUCCUCGUCUUCUACAGGAGCAACAGGGAAGACGGUGGCAAUAAUAGUAGGAGGAGCUGCUGGAGUUGGCUUUCUUGUCAUUUGUUUGCUUUUCGCCAAAAACUUGAUGAGGAAGAAACAUGACGACUAUUGAAGAAAGAUGGAGAGAAGAAGAGACCAAAAGGAGUCCAAUCCCUCAAAAGAGUGAGAGAGAGGCAGACCUCAGUCACAACAAGUUUUCAUUUCUUUUUGAGGCUAUUAAUUCCCAAAGUCCAAAACUUGUUUUAAUUUCAUGAAAAUUGUUAAUUAUAUUUUAUUUUAAUUUUGUUAGUUCAUAUUCUUGGGAUGUAGGAUUUUUUUUUUUUUUUUUUUUGUGUGUAUGGGAAGACCAUUAGUGAAAUGUUCAAAAAUUACUUCCAAAAAAAAAGAAGAGAACUUUGUUUUUU